AUUUGACGUGCAUAAACCACAUUUUCCAUUUAUCACUACUUGAUUAUUAAGCAGUGCAUCCCACAAACAAAAUUUUCCGAGGAGUAUAAAGAAUAAUUUUUCUGCAAAAAAUGAGUGUAGUGGGACGGCCAAAAUUCGCCGAUGACGGGCGAAAAAUUACAGCCGUUGGCUCGGAGACAUCAAAACAUUCGCUUGAGCAACGACCUGAAUCCCCACGACGGCCUUCGAAAAUCCUCAAAGUCAACGACGACAUUGCCGACAGCUACGUCGAAGAGGCAGAUCAGAGUGCCUCAAGUAUGAGUAAAAAGCAAAUGAACCCGAACCCUAGACUUCAAAGAUACUUGAUAGCAAUUGAGUAUAUUGGAACUCGAUUCGCCGGCGCUCAGCAACAAUCCAAUUGCCGGACCGUCGUAGGUGUUCUGGAGGAAGCGUUCAAAAAAUUUAUUGGACAGCCGGUAUCAAUAUUUUGCUCAAGCCGGACUGAUGCAGGAGUACAUGCACUAUCGAAUGUUUGUCAUGUAGAUGUUGAAAGGAUAAGCAAACGAAAACCUGACAAAGUGCAGUCACUCCAUGCAAUUUUGGACGCGAUUUUCACUAUGGGUUAUCCGAAAACAGUCUCUCUGUGCUUUAGUAUAGGGUUACCACCCCACGAACCUGAAGUGGUUAAAAGAGCCGUGAACCACUUUUUACAGAAAAAUGAGGGCGAUGUAACUAUCAUUGAUGUUUGCAGUGUUGCAGCUGAUUUUCAUGCUAGAUAUAAAGCUCAGGAACGAACGUACUUUUAUAGGAUAUUAUGUGGACCUGAGCCUUUGUCAACCUUCGAAAAAGACCGGGCUUGGCAUGUACCUGAGGAAUUAGAUCUUCUCGCCAUGCAGCAAGCGUGCAGAAUUCUUGUUGGACAUCAUGAUUUCAGUUCCUUUAGAGCUGCUGCAUGUCAGGCAAAAUCACCCAUCAGAUCUCUGGAUGAAUUAAGUGUUACUGAGGUGGCAUCAACUCCCUAUUUCCCGUCAAUUUUAGAAAUGUAUCCAAGUGACGCUGUUAUGUCUGGCCUGCCCGAGACCUUGAAUGCAAAAACCCUUGAAGGCAGAAAUGAGUUUGGGGUUAGAAGAAGGCAUCGUUGCUUACUUGUCACUGCAAGGGCACGGUCUUUUCUUUAUCAUCAGGUUAGGCUGCUUGUGGGAGUUCUUAAAGCAGUAGGGAGUGGGGAUCUUGGUGUUCCUGAUGUUGAACGCAUCCUCAAUGCGAAAACAGUAACUGCUGCCAGCCCAAUGGCUCCCUCCUCUGGCCUUUACCUGGGACAUGUCAAAUAUGAUGUUGAGGAUCUCAAGAAUUCUCCAUCCUGAAGAACCUGAUGAUGAAUGAUGGAUGGAUGGUUGAAUCAAACCAAACAAUAUGUACGUUUCCUGGUGGAUGGUGUUCAUUCCCUUUUCAUCCACUGUGAGAAGUGGGAAGGAAUACUUAGGGCUUGUUUAUUUAUUUCUCCAUAUUUCUGUUGUUGUUUUCUGUUUUCAUUUUCCAGUUCUUCAUUUUCCAAAUCUAAACACAAGUUUUCCAAAUUUCUUUUGUUUUCCAUUUCAUUUUUCAAACACAUAAAUUAAGUAUAUACAUUGAGAAAUUGAAACCAGAUAGAACCCAAGGCG